AUGGUUCGCUUUGCUCCACUGACAGUAUUGGCCCUGGCGCCUUUGGCUCAAGCACGCUUCGACUGGUUGCAGCCACGAGGAGCUGUCGAUGAGUGCCCGCCUUGUUCAGCGGAAGAAGCCUGCUCCCACACCGUCACCGUCACCGAACCAGCUGGACCUCGGAAGACUAUCACUGUCACCGAUCCUCAGGGUGGUUCCUAUCGGACCGUCACUGUCCAAGAGCCUGGCGAGUCCUACACAACCGUCACUGUCACUCAGUACAACGAGCCUCGCACCAAGUUUGUCUACAUCAGCCAGGGAGAAACACUCGACCCACCCAAGGAGACCAUCACCAUCACGCAUCCUGGCAAGACCGUGACUGUGACACAGACUGAGAGCGAGGAAUAUAUCGUCACCAAGAAGAUCAACGUUUAUCCUGACGGCGCUGACUACCCUGACAACAACGACAAUGGCAACUACUACCCGCCCGGCGCGAAGACAAUCACGGUCACCAACGGCUAUCCUGCUCCCAGUGCCGGCUACCCCGGCUACGAGGGAGGAAUCGUCACCAAGGUCGUCGGUGGCAACGGUGGGAAGUACUACGACAACGCCCAAACGGUUACCGUUGUCAAAGACGGUGAGGUCAAGACCCUGACUUUCACGCAUUUCAACUACAACAAGGCCACCAAGACCAUCACUCAGCAGAAUGGCGAGGUCAAGACUCUCACAUUCACUCACGAUUACGGCUACGGCAACAACAACAAGGUUGUCAAAACCAUCACCCAGCAAAAUGGCAAGGAGGAGGUCGUGACUGUCACUGGCGACUACAAGGUUGUUGAGACCAUCACUGAGCAGGACGGUGAGGAGAAGACAGUGACUCUUCCCGGCUACGAGAACAGGGUCGUCAAGACAGUGACUCUGGAGGAUGGCAACAAGAACAAGGUUGUCAAGACCAUCACUGUCAAGGAGUCGAUCGAGCGCGUCGUCACCAAGACCAUCAAGGAGAGCGGCAAGCUCUACACCGUGGUCGUCACACCCGAGCCUACCAUCACCACCAUCACUAAGGAAAAUGGCGAUUAUGUCACCACUGUGGUCGAGGUUCCUUGCACCUACACCCUGACCGCUCCGGCCCAGUACGAGACUGCUACCGUGAAGAGCAACAGCUACAAGACCAUCACGCGAACGGCCACCUAUGGAAGUGAAUUAGAGGUUGAGGUCAUUGUCUAUGACCCCAAGACUGGCUACUCUACCUGUAAGCGCAAGAAGGACGGCCAACCCUGCCACCCUGGCUACGAGAACGACAAUACUGGCUAUGGUGGUGACGACAAGCCUCAAUAUGGCGACAAUGGCAAGGGCGAAUCUGAGAACCCUGCCUACACCAACACCCGAGGUAGCAACGGCAGCCAGACCUCCAUCGACGUCCCCAACUAUACCAAGGUCCGACCUCACGACGACGACAACAACGCCGGCGUUUACGACCCUGAAGAGACCGACUGCGACGAGGGUGCCGUCUCCACCAGCAUCGCAACUGUCUACAACACUGUGAUCGUGACAGUGGGUGGUGAGCCAACCACCACCGCCACCCAGACUACGAAGCAGACUCUCGGCUACCGCGAUCUGGAGCGCUCAAACAAGCGUCGCUCUGCCGUCUCUGUUCAAUGGUAG